AUGGAACCGAAUUUAGCCUUCCAAUCACCCCUUGAAGGGAUUCAACUCGAAGAAACCCAAAUUCUCGAUCCCUCCUCCCGUCCCGACCGAUACAACGUCCCUCUUGAUAUCUCUCAGUUUACCGAGAUUGUCAAACUCAGGGGACCCGAAAACUACGACGAAUGGCACCAAUCAAUCUGCACCGCAUUGCAAGACCAUGGAGUCUGGGACCUGGUGACAGACACUGAGUAA